UCCACACGUUCAAAAUAAAUACACUUCUUCCUUUUACUCAUAUAAUAAUUUAUAUCUUUCUUAACUAUUUUGGCAUCCUUUCUAAACAAAACAAACAUUUUUUAAUUCCUUUCAAUAAUUUUACCAAAGAAAAUGGCUUCUUCUCUUAACAUAUUUAGCAAUGUUAAUGGGUUUGGGUGCACGAAACCAUCAGUUGGUUCACAACAGAGAAGAAGGAUGGUUGUGGUAAAGGCAGAAACAAUUAACCCAGAAAUCAGGAAAACUGAAGAGAAAGUUGUUGAUUCUGUUGUUGUUACUGAGCUCUCCAAGAAUAUCACCCCCUAUUGCAGGUGUUGGAGAUCAGGGACAUUUCCUUUGUGUGAUGGGAGUCAUAUGAAGCACAACAAAGCUACUGGUGACAAUGUUGGACCUUUGUUGUUAAAGAAGCAGUAAUUCUGGUUCAUAUCGAUCUAAGCUACUUUCAUUCAUUUUUUUAGGUUGCUUUUCUUCUUGUUUGGAUUUUGAUUAUUGUCACCUAGCAACUUAUGCCUAGAGUUGUUUCCUCUUCGAGUGGUUGAGAUUAAAUAAGCAACCAUAUUUUGACAGUGCAUGCUAAUGAGUUGUGAAUCCUGUGAUAAACUGUUUUGCGACAAUGUUAUUAGUUA